AUGUCGGCUCCCGCGGCAAUCUUCCCCGGCCGCUUUCAUGUCACUCUUUCUCUCGUCUGCGUCACGCCGCUCCUGCUCGCGCUGCUUUUUUCCUGCAUAUCCGCUGACGCGCUUCUCCACUCGUCCUCGUCUGUAAGCUCUGUUUUCUCGGCCUCUUCUAUUCGCCCCGUUUCUACACACAGCACACUGCAGUAUACGGUCCCCAAAAACGGCCCCUCGUCUCAGCUGUCCAGCGUCUCCGAAUUCUCGUCUGCAAGUGCUUCCGCCUCUCCUCUCUGGAGCGAGGCUGGCGUCGGCAAACACAGCCGGCGACCUGUGCAAAGCCGCAGCGCGGCUCCCGCCUUUCUAGUCGCCUCGCCGCUCGCUGCCUCAAGACCCGUGGAGAGCGCGCACGGGUCCAAAGGCACAGCGAGUCAAGAACAACUAAGGGGAGUUGACAAGGUGCGAGAGCUCUUCGCAGGAGGCGCCAAGCCCGCCGCAUUUACCCUCCAGGCGACCACCUCCAGCCUCGGACGGCGGCUUGCGUCGUCUCUCCGACUCGCGCGGUCGGACCCCGAGAUUCAAGAACUUGCUUCGUCGCCGAAAACGAGGCCGAACAAGUUCGCGUCUUCGUCUUCGUGUCGUUCUUCCUCGUCCCCGUCGUGUUCCUCGCGUGCUGGCGCUCUGUCGCCUAACGUCUUUGCUUCUUCCUUCGCGGCGGCUCGCAAGCGGUUGCCUCGUGUGGGGCGCGCCGACAGCCGCGUCGGAGCCUUAGGCGCGGGCCCCGCGGGCAAGGGGGCACCUUCGGGUGGGGCAAAGGGCCCGUCCCGCAGCGGCGGCCAGCAGCGCGGGCAGCGGGGAUCCGUUCGCGGCAGGCUGGAGGAGGAGGACGACGAAUUCGAGGAGGACGAAGACGAAGAUGACGAGGAGUUCGACGAAGACGAUGACGACGAAGACUAUGAGGAUGGAGACGAGGAUGGGGAGUACGGCGAAGACGAAGAAUAUGAUCCGAUGACUCCUCGUGGACCACUGGAUAACAACAACUACGGCGAGGUCUGGCUCCCCAUUCAGGCGCGCCCACGCAGAAACCGAAAAAACCGGGCCGUUCGACAGCUUGUCCAAGAGAACCUGGUGAAGCCAUCGAGCCUGAUCUAUCCCCUCUUCGUUCAUGACAAAGAAACGAGCGUGCCGAUUGCCUCUAUGCCUGGGCAGCGGCGUUUGAGUAUGGCAGACCUCCUCAAAGAAGUUGGCGAGGCGCGGAGCUAUGGAGUAAAAGCUUUUAUGCUCUUCCCCAAGGUUGAAGACGAACUCAAAACAGUCAUGGCGGAGGAGAGUUACAACCCUGAUGGAAUCAUGCCUCGCGCCAUCAUGGCCCUGAAGGAAGCCUACCCCGACAUCCUGGUUCUCGCCGACGUCGCCCUCGAUCCGUACAGCAGCACCGGGCACGAUGGAGUGGUAGAUGAAGAGACUGGCAAGGUUGUGAACGACCUGACGGUCUACCAACUCUGCAAGCAAGCGUUAGCUCUGGCGCGAGCUGGUGCAGAUAUGGUCUGCCCGAGUGACAUGAUGGAUGGGCGUGUGUCUGCGAUCCGAGAGUCCCUCGAUAUGGAAGGCUGCACCGACACUAGCAUCCUCGCUUACUCAUGCAAGUAUGCGUCGUCGUUCUACGGCCCGUUCCGCGACGCUCUGGACUCGCAUGUGGCCGGCGGCUCUGACAAGAAGACGUACCAAAUGGACCCUUCGAAUUCUCGAGAAGCUGAGCGAGAGGCGGAGGCAGAUGCUCUUGAAGGCGCUGACAUGCUCAUGGUGAAGCCGGGGUUGCCGUACUUAGAUAUUCUGGCAAAGAUUCGUGAGAAGUCGAAGCUGCCGAUGGUCACCUACCACGUCUCCGGAGAGUACUCCAUGUUGAAGGCCGCCGCGGAGAAGGGCUACAUCGACGAGAAAGCAGUUGUGCUGGAGGUUCUCAAGAGCUUCAGGCGCGCGGGCGCCGACGCGAUCGCCACGUACUACGCGAAAGAAGCAGCCAAGUGGAUGGCGGAGGAUGUGAAGGGCGACCAGAAGUUUACAGAACCAAGUUACUAA